AUGACACCUUCCGAAGCAGACGCUGCUCUGAAUGACACAUUAGAGGAUGUGCAAUCGCUUAUAAAGCGAUGUAUGAAGUUGAAGGAGGGCGAUUCAGCGGUGGGGUUGGCAUUAUCGGAUGAGAUCGCUAGACGUGUGCUGCUGUCAUGUGCGGCGGUCGUAUGGCAGUAUUCCAAGGCUGGCGUCUUUCAAGCAUUGCCGGACUGGACAACCGUCGUCGACGAUGAUCCGCUGCAUCAAGCAUCAUCCAAGAUUCCACAAGACGCCUUGUUUGACCAGGUCCCGCCGACUCCUCCGCGAACAGUAACGGCACCUUUGGAACCGCUGACUCCUAUGUACCCUUCCACCGCAGCUGCGCCAAGCAAGGACGAUCCUAGUGUGACGGGAAACAUGAAGACACAAACGAAGACCGUUCGACAACCGGCCAAGCGGAAGAACAUACAAGCGGAAGACGAUGCCACAAAUGAAACUUACGGGACGCGUAGACCAGCACCACGCCCAUUAUCCCGGCAAUCUGCUCCGAAAAGGAAGAAGAAGUUCAUGUCGGAUGAUGAUGAGAACCACCCGACCGGAAGCAUACUCGUCACCCGGAAGCACAAAUCGUUGGCAUCGACGGCAAAUGCAGUUGCAGGACCGGUCAAUCCAACGCCCUCGGACACGGUCGAUAAAGGUUUCUGGGAUGCAGACACCCUGGGUAGGUCGUCAUCUACUCGCCUACUGGAUGGGGUCGUGAUUCCACCAUUGCAACGGCGGCGGAGUAUUCCGUUCGCUAUCACCCCCGAAAGUGUGACAAAUGUGUCAAAUUGGAUGUACCUUAAACAUGGGUUCACGCGACUUGCCUGUGCCAACUGCGAUGAAAUGAAGAUAACCUGCGCAAUUGACGGCGUUGGCGUCCGGGAGAGGUUGCAAGCAAAGUUGAAGGGAGAUGAAGCGCUUCCUCCCAAACAUACUCAAAUCCGCACCCCCAAAUCGCGCCCCACCAAAACUCAAGCUAAAGCUGCCACCACAAAAAGAAAGAAAAAACCUGCUCGUGUAUUCACCCAUGCCGGACAAAAGGAUGUUCCGUUGGAUUUAUCGGGCGACUCACAUGCGGACCAACCGAUGGAGGGUGUGACUCCACAUCCGGAUCCACUGGCAUCCCCGGCCAUGCAGCCUUUGGAGACAGUGUUACCCCCAGCAACGGCCCAACCGAUCACCGAUCCUACGGUUGGGUCAGGCAGACUCAGACAUCAGCCCGAGCCCGAGCCAACUGCCAGAGAUAUACUGCAUAGUAUACAUGACCUCGGUAGACGGUUUGAUCUCCUUGCCACAAACGAACGGGUGGACGCGUUAGACACAAGGUUAGGUGUGAUGGAGGAGAGAUUAGAUGUGAGGUUGACCGUGCUGGAGAAACGUUUAAGCGCUUCGAAUCAGCAUUGGACUGCGACAUCAUCAUCUCUGGGCAAUUUGGCCAUGGCUCUUCGGAAGCACAAAGACGAUCGGAUGAUACACCGUCCUCGUGAGAGCAUAGCCGGAGACUCACAAUCGCAGCAACAUAAGGCCAUAUAUCCAUUGUGGUCACUCCACAAUACCGGCAGCGGUGAUGAGGAGGCUGCCUCGCAAAUUGCGAGGCAGCCCCCUGGUGUCAACAGCAGACGGCUAGAUAAUGCCAGGAGAUCUGUAUCUACAGCUGUACCCGGAACAUCACUUCCGUUCGCCUCCUCUCCUUUAUCCUCCCGAUUCUCUAGCGCCCCUCCCGGCACAUCCGGCGAGUAG